UCUCUCUGUUUCUCUCACAUAGACACACCAAAGCUGCUGAUGGUAGUUAAAUCCCUGCAUGACACCAUUGGCAGGCAGUUGGUGGGUGUGGUCUUCGCUGGUUUGUUUAACAUACCAGAGCUUAAAUACAGAUCAGCCACGGCUGUUUACUGACGACACCCUCCGUCUCUCUCUCCUCUUCACUUGCAAUAUUUCUCUCAGUCUGGCUCACUGUUGCUCCAGCAUUCACUAGUUGAAGUUUCAACACUGUAGGACUGGCAAGUGGUUCAGUUCACUUAAAGUGUCCUGCCAAUCUGCAGUUUUUUUGUGGAGAGCCAUCUUCCACCAGUUUUCCCCUUGUGGCGAGCCCAGCCUAGAUAGAAGAUGUAUCUCCCCUUGGCAGUGGUGAUAUGUCUUUCAGCUAUGCAGCUGUGUUUGGGAGAUGAGCCAGUGAAGGAAGUCUUGACAAAAAAGAAAGUGUCUCUCAUGGGUGGCUGGUUUGAAAGGCUUCCAGAGUCAGCUGAGGUUCAGGAGGCCGCUCGACAUGCUGUGGAGAUGUUCAACACACACUCCAAGAGCAACAAGAUGUUCAAACUGGUCUCCAUCACCACCGCUCAGUCUCAGGUGACCAAUGUGAUCAACUUCAAGAUCGAUGCGGUCCUGGGAAAAACCAAGUGCCUCAAGGCUGAAAACCAUGACUUGGAAAGCUGCAGUCUGGUGAAAAGGCGUUUGAACUGCCACUUUGCGGUGACUUUCAACCAUCGCAAAAACAAACAUGAGAUGGGGACACACAAGUGCAGGACACUUGUGGACAAUGUUUAAUUUGUUUUUUUAGUCUAUAGCUUUGACUACAUGAUUGUAUUUUGAUACAAUGUUGUCUUUUCUGAACCCAGUCUCAAUAAAAGUUGUUUUGAAGUGAGUUUUGUCACCAUAAUGUGAAGACUUGUGGUUUGCAAAGCCUCAUAUUCAAAGAUAGAAACAUUUUUUUGAUUACGGGAGCAAUUUAUAAAAAAACAACAACAACCCAAGAGUGGUAAAGGAUAUGAAAUUCUACAUCAGUUUUGAUUUAAUUGCUGGGAUUUUUUACAUACAUAAAACAAUAUGAUUACCCACAUUGCCGCAUAACCUUUUGGAGAUAUCUUGUGAAAGCAGUGCUAUCUUCAUUCUCUUUCACAUUUCUGAAAAGAUUGAUAAAAAGAAAAUCAAAAAAAAAAUCAAUUUAACAAAGAAAAAAUAACAGCUUGGUUACAUUGUGACUUCAAAGCAGAAAUGUAUACCCGUAAGUCAAACCUUUGAAAAGUCACUCAGCCAAAAAAUGCAGAGACAAAGUACCAUUGUGCAACGUUUUGGUUUGAGUAGUUUCAAUGACGUUCAUUCAAAACAAGCAGAAAACUCUUAACACAUGCUAAAAACAUGUCAGGAAAGACAACAUUGUAUUGUACGGCAUUGUUUAACAUUUCUAUACUUACCGCAUUCCAUUAACAAAAUGUAAUAAACAUUGGAAAAUUG